GAAAUAUCCUCAUUUUAUUUAUUUUUAAAAGGAUGAACCCCUGUAAGUAGUUAAAAAGUAAUAAUUCCUAAUGACCACAUAUCUAUUUAGUGAGUAUAACCUAUUUUUUAUAAAAUCUCGGGUGCUUUAUAGCUUGGAGUGCCAGAAGGAGAGUACAUUCUGUCAUAAAAGUAUUAAAAAUAGUUAUUAUUUUUUAGUUUUUCGUAUUUUAAAAAACUUUUACUUAAGUCAAAGUCUAUUAUUUUUACCUUUUUUAAAUCUUUCGAAAUCAAUAUAUUUUCAGGCUUUAAAUCACGAUGACAAACUCCUUAUUUUUCUAAAUAAAAUAAAGCCUUUAAAAGCUUUUUUAUUAUCUUUAAGGCUUUUAGUUCCUCAAGGGGUCCUUUAUUAUCUAAAUAGUAUUAUAAAGACGGAAAAUCAUGGUAUUCCAUUACUAUAUGAACUUUUUGGCUGUCUUCACAGCUGAAAAACUCGAAGGCUUUCGAGAUGUAUUUAUGAUUAAGCUUAUAUUAGAGGAUAAAGGAAUUUUUUAUAUUCAGUAUUUAUUCUUCGUCGACAUUUCUUAUUAUUUUUACGGCAUAUUAGGUCGUAUCUUGUUUAUUUAAUUUAUUCUCACAUUUAUAUAGACAUCCACUAACACCAUCUCCGAUUAAAUUUGGGUCGGUAAUUUAAUAUUUUUCUUGAAAAGUGUAAGAUUUUAUAGAUUUUUAUAAGGACUUUUAGCUAAAAGGUUAUUUUUAUGUAGCUUAGGCUAGAAGAUUUUUACGAAAUAAGUUUGCCUUUUCGUUUUUU